AUGCUGAAAAUACUUCGUAGAAAUAUAUGCCACAAUACAAAAUUAUAUCGUAUAAUAACAAAUUCACCUAAAAACGCAUUUAAAGCGUUUUAUAACAGACAAUAUACCAAUGAUAAUAAUAAUAAUAAUUUAAAGAUAGAGCAUGACCCAUUUUAUACAAAUCCCUUAAGAAAGCUUAGUUGUAUUGGCUGUGGCCAAUUUUUACAAACUAUUGAUGAAAAAAAAAGUGGGUAUAUUCCAUUUAAUGUUUAUGAAAAAUAUACAAAUGGUCGACUAAAAUUUUAUACAAAAGUUAAAGGUGAAGAAGUAGACUGUAUACCUGAUGGAAUAAAAGUUGAUGUUAAUAAUUUUUUGAACUAUCGAGUUAAAACAAAAAUUAUUUUAUGUAAACGUUGUUACAGAUUACAACAUUAUAAAAUAUCAGAUACAAAAUGUGAUGUUGAUGUUAAUAGAAUUGAAAAUAUUAUUAAAUGUAGAACCCAUUUACAAGAACAAAUUCGGUUAAAUCAAGAACGUAAAAAAAAUAAUAAAAAUGAAAAUAAAAAUCUUGAUAAUGAUCAUACUAUAUUAGGGCAUAUAAAGGAAAAAGAUGAUGACCCAAAUCGGGACCAAAAUUUUGAGAAUAAUUUAGAUGGCGUAAAAAAUGAAGAACUAUUAAAAAGUGAAAAUACUGAUAAUAAUGAAAUGAUUGUAGAGCGAGUUGAAAAAAAGGAAAACGAUGAAAAGCCAAAAGAAUUGCCAGACUGUUAUUCAGAUAUUUCUCAAGGGGAUAAAAAUAGCAUAGCUAAUACUAACAAAUGUAGCAUUGAAUCUCUUAGUUUUAUAAAAAAAAAGUUACAUAAAAACUUUAUCAAAACAAAUCAGUACUCAGAUAAACAAGAAAAUUAUGAUGAAAUAAGUGAAAAUAAUUUUGAAAAUAUAAAAAAUCAUCAAUGUAAAGAGAAAGAAAUGCACAUAAAUGAACAGAUAGAUUCGCAAACUGAUAAUAAAAAAAGUAUUUGUCAAAAUGAAGAUGAAAUUAAUAUUUUAGAGAAUAACACAACUGAAGUGAAAUAUUAUGAAGACAGUUCAUACAACAUUGACAAAAGAUUUAUUAAUGUGUAUGAGAAGAAAGAUAUUUUAAAAAAACGAAAUGAAAUAAAAAGACUUGAUGCCGAAAAAAUGAAUAUAAGUAGUGCUAAAUAUGUAGAAGCUGAUAGAAAUAAUAUAAUGAAUAAUUUAAUAAAAAAAAUGAAAAAAAAAUCUUUGGUACUUUAUAUAAUAGACAUAACAAAUAUUGAAAACACUAUACUCCCUGAAUUGUAUAUAGGCUGCAAAAAUAAAGAUAUAAAUAUUAUAUGGCUAGUUAAUAAAAUAGAUUGUUUACCUAAAUCGACAAAUCUUGAUAUUAUAAAAAUAUGGUUUCGUAAUAUGAUACGACAAAUAAAAAAUACUCAUAUAAACGAUUUAAUAUUUAUUUCAGCAUUGAAAUGUUAUAAUUAUAAUAUAUUAGAAGAAAGAAUGAAAACUUAUAUAGAUAUAGAUAAAGGGAUUGAUAUAUAUAUAGUUGGGUGUGUAAAUGUUGGCAAAUCUUCUUUUUUAAAUUCAUUUUUAAAAUUUAUAAAUUAUAAACAUAUAGGAGAUAUAUAUAGCAAAAGAAAAAAAGGUGGCGUAACGGUUUCAAAUAUACCUUAUACAACAUUAAAUUAUAAUGUAUUCAAACUAAAAAAAGAUGUUAAUAUAAUUGAUACUAUUGGAAUUCCAACCAAAUAUCAAUAUAGUUCUAUAUUAUAUAAAGAUAUUGAUUUAAAUAGUAUAAUAAUAAAUAAAAAAAUCCAACCUUUUACUUAUAAGCUUAAAGAUGAUUAUUCUAUUAUUUUAGGAAGUUUAUGUUAUAUUAAUUUAAUUUAUGGAAAUUUUGCAUUACUAACUUUUUAUAUAUCAAAUAAAGUCACAAUACAUAUGUGUAGAAGUGAAAAAAUUGAAAAUUUUUUAGAAAAAAAAAAAUGUUCUUUUUUAUAUCCUCCCCAUGUUUAUUCUGAUUUUGAUUUACUAAAGCCAUUUGUCAAACAUACUGUUAAAGUUUUGGGUAAAGAUUAUGAAAGUAUAGAUGAUAUUGUCAUAUCAGAUUUAUGCUGGUUUUCAAUUACAGGGCGUGGAAUAAAAAUAUUUGAAAUAUAUGCACCAAAAAAUAUUAAAAUUUAUAGAAGACCAUCAAUGAUUAAUGAUGGAAUAAAACACACACAAGUUGACAUUUUCAAAUAUAAAUCUUAUAGAGGUAGGACACCAAAAAUCCUUAAAAAAAAAAAAAAAAUUAUUGAACAAUUGGAUCGUCAAAAUCCAGAGAGAAGACAAGAUAUGAAAAAUCUUACUCUCCAAAAGGAACAAUCUCAGUUAGAAAAUUUACACAAUUUUGAUGAUACAAACAAUGCAAACGAAUCUUCAACUGCUACCCAUUCAAUAUUGGCGGACAAAGAUGAUAUGGAAAAUAUCGUUCAUUAUUUAUAA